AUGUAAUCUUAAUGUGUAAAAUCUAAUGGAAGUAUACUUCUAGAUUACUUCAAGGGUCUUGGUUAAGAGGAUUGGAAUAUCAAUUUGACUCAGUAUUCAAAACUAGUCGAUUUUAGAUUAACUUAGAAUGUGAUAACAUUUGCUGAAGUGCAAGACUUUUAUGCAAUUGAGCAUUAAAAGUAAGAGUAAAACAUUAUGUAGGAAUUUCCUUUAAAUGCAUUCAUAAACAUAAUGGACAGACCAAGAAUGGAAAAUAUUGAUUUGGUUAGUGAUAUCAUAUUGUACAAUUCAUAAAUUGAAUCUUUUAAAAAUGGUAAUGAAAUAUUGAUAUUUAGAAUGAUUGGGAGAUGAUUGAGAAGUUGAUAAAAUUCAAAAAUGGUUUAAAUUGUUAAUAUAAAUGGCUAUGUCAUGUAAUUGGAAGAGAGGAUAGAUUAUAAUGGUCUUAGGAAGAAGAGUAAAUGUUAAAAGAGGAAGUAGAAAAUAGCAAGAAUUUGAAAUGGCAUGAAAUACAAUUUUAGAUAUUUAUGAAAUCAAAUGGAAGAUAUUUUAAGAAAGCAAAAUAAUGUAGAGAGAGAUGGAACAAUUAUUUAGAUCCUUAAAUAAAUAGGUAAAAUAAAAGAGAGUUCUUUAUUUAGGAAUAAUUGGAAACCAGAAGAAGAUUUAUGUUUAAUGAAGCUAGCAUAAUCUGAAGGUAUGAAAUGGUCUAAGAUUUCAUAUAAAAUGAAAAAUAGAACAGAGAAUUAAGUUAAAAAUAGGUUUAAGAGUCUAAUAAAUAAGGAAACAAAGGGAAAUUAAUAAUAGUUAGAAAUAGGUGUGUUGAUAAAUAAUAUAAUACAAAAAUUAGUACUUUCAUAAUUUAAUAAUACUGGUGUUUGUAUGCAAGAUGAAAAACCAUAAAAAGUAAUCUGUUUAGAAAGGAAUAUAAAUUACUUAUAAUAACAAUAAUAUUUAAUAUAGUAAUAUCAGUAUUAUUUGGCAUAGUAGCAAUAUUAAAUGUGUUAUAGUUAUUAUUAAGGUGAGUAAUGUGUAAAAAGUGAAGAUUGUUAAUCCUAGAAGAUGUCCAGAUCAAAUAGCUUUUGUGGCUUAUUAGAUAAAUUAUCAUUAGAUUCUAAGUCUUUGACUCAAGAAUUAAAUAAAUAAUAUGCAUAGGAAAUUGAAGUUCCAAUAAAUAAUAUCACAAAAUCAUAAUAAUUAAUUACUAUUCCUAAUUUUAUAACAGAUAAUUAAGGGAAAGUCAAAUCAAAAAAACAAAGAUUCAAGUUUUCUUCUGGAGAUUAAUGA